AUGCGUCUCACUAGGUGGCUAGUAGCAGUGCUACCAUUUGGAUGUUACGGGAGCCAAAUCGUCAACAGAGACGCCUUCGAAUCCCCAUCAUCAGUUUUACAAAGGCUACCACCUUGUUCUGCUACUUGUUUAACAUCAGCUGUUUUGAACUCGACUUGCUCUCCUAUCGAUGCAGCCUGCAUAUGUGCCAGCGAGGAAAUACAAGCGUCUAGUGCUAAAUGCAUUCAAGCAGCUUGCUCUCUCAAAGAUGCACUUUCAACCAAAAACACUACAUUGGCUGCAUGCCAUGCGCCCGUCAGAGACAAGACCGCCAUAUACAGCACACUCUCCAUAACGUUGGGCACGACAACAACUGUCAUGGUCCUUGCUCGCAUCAUCUUCAAACAGUUCUUUAGCGCGGCGCAGUCGUUAGCACUCGACGAUAAAGUCAUACUGGGCACAGUGGCGGUACGAAUAGUCGGAACCGUACUUAACGUCGAGGGUCUCUCAGCUCAUGGACUCGGCAAGGAUGUCUGGACAAUCUCUCCGGAAACACUCACGACAUUCGUCAUGUACUUUUACAUUAUGGAAAUCCUCUAUUUCGCAGAGGUGUGCCUCAUCAAACUGAGCCUGACACUUUUCUAUCUUAACAUCUUUCCUGGCAAAGGAAUUCGUCGCCUUCUCUGGGGAACUGCCAUUUUUAAUGUCAUCUACGGCGUGGCUUUUGUUCUCACUGCAAUCUUCCAAUGCACCCCGAUUAGUUAUUACUGGACGCAAUACUUUGGAACAACGCCUGGUCACUGCGUCAAUAUUAACGCAUUCGGUUGGGUUAACGCUGCAAUCAGCAUUGCCGUUGAUGUGUGGAUGAUUGCUCUACCCUUGAAUCAGAUUCGAAAGCUCAAGCUGCAUUGGAACAAGAAAAUAGGUGUAACCAUCAUGUUUUUGAUCGGCACAUUUGUGACGAUUGUCUCCGUGCUGAGACUGCAAUCGCUCAUCUAUUUCGGAAACUCAACGAACCCAACGUGGUAUCUAUGGCCAGUGGCAUACUGGUCCACUAUUGAAGUUAACGUUGGAAUGAUGUGCACUUGCCUUCCUGCCAUGCGCUUGAUCUUGUUGCGCUUGUUCCCACAGUAUCUUGGCUCUGGGACGACAAAGCAGAGCGCUUCUUACGGUGGCUAUGUUAGAAGUCAGAGCAGGGUUCCUACAAAGGUGUCUGAAUAUAAGCAUAAUGACCAGAAUUCGGAGGUGGAAUUGACCGGGAAUCCGACAUUGACGCGCACAAACUCGGAAUCCAAGUUUUCAGUCUAG